UACAAAAUAAUGCUACUUUUUUUGUCCACAUUCAGACAAUAAUCGGCUCAACUUGUCACUUCAGCAUUUCAUUUCGUGUCGCAAGCCAAAUUAAUAUUUAUACUAAUCGGAUGAAAUUUGAAAGAAAUAUCCAUCGGUAAUUCAAAAUCAAUACACCAAAAAUCUCAAAGUAAGAAAAAAUCGGUACUGCAAGUCUGCAACGAUAUGGUGCCGAGAUGGAGAGGAAGGAAUGUCGGCUGUUUCGAAGUGACACUGCGUACCUUUUGUACCUUCAUCAACAGAAGAUUCAACCCAAUAAAGAAGAACUUAAGAAAAAGUCAGAGAAAGAGAGAAGGAUCCAACUUUAUGAGGAGAAUUGUCGUAGAAAUGGAGUUUUCCGUCUUUCUCGAUUUAGUCGUCAGAUUGGAACUUCCGAUGUUGAUAUGUCUAAUGCAUGCCUUAACAAUGUGGAGCUUUUAACCAUACUCAACACAAUCAAGUUUGACCACACAGUAAGACACUUGGACCUGUCGGGAUCAAUAAUGUGUGCCCAGUCCUACAAACAUCUCUGUAAAUUUCUAAGAAAUAAUUGCUCUUUAUUAAUCCUGAAACUCCAAAAUUGUUUCAUUCAAGGAGAAAUAUUUCAUGCUGUCACAGCUAGUCUACGAAGCUCCAAAGUUGAGUUUUUGGAUUUAGGAAAUAAUGGCGUAAAUGACAACGAUUGUGAAACAUUGUCCAUAUUACUGGCCAUGAAUACAUUAAAAGAACUUUAUUUAAACCAUAACAGAUUAGAAACAAGAAAUUUUAGACAAGUAGGAAUUUCAUUAGCGCAAAGUCGACUGGAAAUUUUGGAUUUGUCAUGGAAUCGUAUCCGCUUAACAGGGGCCAUAGAAAUAGCCAGAGGUAUCUCGCGAAAUACAAACUUGCGAAGUCUAAAUAUGUCAUGGAAUGGUUUUGGGUUUGAAGGAUGCGUCGCACUUUCGGAAAUGUUAGAAGCAAACAACGUUUUGACAGAGCUUAACCUUAUGAACAAUAGGAUUCAUCCGCCUGCACUUAUUGCACUCAUUCGAGGAUUAUCAAGAAAUAGUGUCCUUAAAAUACUGAACUUGAGCAUGAAUCCGAUUCCAGUAUCGUAUACGUGUUUCCUUUUGGGUAACAUCCUAAAGACUUCAUCUAUCCAGGAAUUGAUUUUAAAGAGAAUAGUUGUAAAUAACGAUUUUCUGGACAUUGUAAAAAACAUCCAGAGGACGAGACAUGUUCACGUGGAAUACGACAGGUGUCUCCCCGUCCCCUCCUUAAAUCAGCAAACUUUGUCUGAGGAGGUCAGGGCGCCCUGGCUCUUCAACCUUGACCCACUUAACCUUCUGUUCAUGUUGAAGGAGAAGAACAGGGCCCAGGACUUCUUUAACAAGAUCAACAGGGACGGGGAUGAUGUUCUGUCUUACCAGGAGUUCAGAGAGCUCUUCAAGAAAGCCGGUAUUCCAGUCUCUCAGUUGGUUCUGGAUAAAAUAAUAGAAUUCUUGGAUAAAAAUAAAGAUGGAAACAUUGAUUUAAGUGAGUUUUUGGAUGGAGAUAAAAGAAUUAAGAAAAUUGCAAGAGGACAGGCAAAAGAAACUGCAAGAAGAGAAAGCUACACUAAAUAUUCUCGUUCCUUCAGAAAAGCAAAGAUUGACCCACAAACCUAUCGUCUCGAUAUUGAAAACAGCCAAUAAAAAAAA